AUUUUAUCGGCCGACUUUCUCGCAGAGGAACAAUUUUCAGGAUGUGCGCAUGCGCUAAAAAUCUGUCAUGUUCUCUGCGACGAUUUCAGAGCUAGUGUUCACCGCUCACUAGCCGACGAUAAAAUCGGCGACUCUAGCCAAUUAGAUUGCUUCCAGAGAUCACGUGCUUUUCUCUCUCAUUUUGGAAACAUGGCGCUUUUUCGUUGGAGCGAAAAUCAAAUUUUUCAAUUGAUUGAUUUUUAUAGAGACCAUGCUGUGUUGUGGGACACAAAUAACAUAAAUUAUAAAAAUAAAAAGUUAAAGGAUUCCCUUAUUUUGGAUUUUAAUGAUACUACUACACAAGAAAGAAGUGCAGAAGUUACCAGACAUUCUAUGUUUGACAUCAACGAUUUUGAAGACACUGAAGAGACACAGAAAGAACUAUGUCAUACAGAAACACUACCACAGCUAAAAAGACACACAUCAAACACUACAACUUCAAACAAAAAACAGAAACACGAUCACAUUUACACAGCAGCCACAGCAACACUUUAAGAAAUUUCUACAAUAUUAAAAUCAAAAAACACUACUCCAAAUACAUUUACACAGUUCGGUUCCUUUGUUGGUUCCGAACUAAGUCUAAU